AUGGAAAAUAUUCGAGUCCUAGUAAGAGUGAGACCAUUGAAUUACAGAGAAGCUCAUUUGGGUGCUAAUGCUUGUAUUUCUACAAAUGCUAACUCCAUUACAUUGGAUAAUAAGAAGGAGUAUACUUAUGAUCAUGUAUUGGGUGCUGAUUCAACUCAAGAGCAAGUCUUUGAUAAAAUUGGGAAUUCUACACUUCAAUCAUUUCUUGAUGGUUUGAAUUGCUGUAUUUUUGCAUAUGGAUAAACAGGUGCUGGCAAAACUUAUACAAUGCAAGGGAAAGGUUGUGAUGAUGUAACAAGUGAUAGUUCACAUCUGGGAUUAUAACCACGAUUGAUUUAGCAAUUAUUUAAGAAAUUGCCAAAGGAGAAUAAUUGGACAAUCAAAUGUACAUACUUAGAAAUUUAUAAUGAAUAAUUGAUUGAUCUCUUAAAUGAUGCUAAAGCAAUGCCUUUAACAAUCAGAGAAGAUUCUAAACGAGUCUAUGUUGAAAAUCUUACAGAAAUUACAGCUGCAUCCUUUAGUGAUGUUUUAUCAGUGAUGUAAAAGGGAUUAGCCAAUAGACAUGUUUCUGCAACUUAAAUGAAUUUGGAGAGUUCAAGAAGUCAUUCCAUAUUCACUUUAUAAUUGGAAUAGCAAACAAAAGGGAUGUACACAAGAAAAAGUAAAAUGAAUUUUGUUGAUUUGGCUGGUAGUGAAAGAUAAAAAUUAACAGCAGCCUCCGGUGAAAGAUUAAAAGAAGCUUCUAAUAUCAAUAAGUCUCUUACUGUCCUAGGUUUAGUGAUUAAUUCUUUAGCUGAAAAUGCAAAGAAAUUUAUCCCUUAUAGAGAUAGUAAAUUGACAUUUCUUUUAAGAGAAAGUUUAGGAGGAAAUUCCAAAACUGUUAUGAUAGCUACGAUAUCUGCUGCUAGUUCUUCAUUUUAAGAAACUCUAGGAACUUUAAAAUUUGCUUCUAGAGCAAAAAAUAUAAAGAAUUAAGUAAUGAUAAAUGAAGAAAUUGGUGGUAAUUUGGAUUCUUUGAAAGCUGAAAUAAAACGAUUGAAGAAUGAAUUAUAAUAAUCCGUUUAUCAAUCUGAGAUUAUUCCUAAGAAAUAAAAAGAAGUGGAAUUAAUCUCUUAAAUAACUAGUUUAAGUUAUCAACUAAAUGAAAGCAGCUAAUAUUAGGAUCAUCUAACGUAAGAACUUAAACAAAUGAAAGAAUACUAUGAAUCCAGAAUAACUGAAUUAGAAGAUCACAAUACUAAAAGUCGUAAAUGUUCAUAAAUAGGCAUGUAAGAUAAAGACUUAUAAUUGGAAUAGGCAUUAGAAAUCUAAAUGGAAUUGAAAUAUAGGAAUGAAUAGUUGAAUUAAAGGAUUUUGGAACUUCAGCAAGAAGAUACUAUUUUGAAACAUAGAAGAAAUGAAUAAUAAUUGAUUAUCACUUAAUUAGAGUAGAAUAUAGAAAUACUAUAAAAAGAAAAGGAAAUGCUUUUGGAUUAAUUCAAGUAAUAAACCAACUUGGCCUAGUAAUAUGAGACUUAAUUGGAGAUGUUUUAAGAAGACAAAGCUCAUUAGCUUCAAGAACUUGAGAAUAAAAUUACUGAAUUAAAUGACUAGUUGUAAAUUAAUAAGGAUUAAAUGGAUACAGAUGCAUAAACUAUUGAAUUUUAGAGUGAAGAAGUUUAGAAAUUAUAAAAUGAUAUUGAACUAAAUAAAUCUCUACUCUUAAAAUUGUAAUCAGAUUGUUCAAAUCUUCACACUUAAAUGGCAGAGAAGGACACUUUGAUAAAAGAUUAAUUGAAGGAGCUGUUAAAAUUUAAGAAAAGAAGCAAACUUAAGUCAAAAAAAUUUUUAAAAUCAUUAAAGGUAUUAAAAAAAGAGAAGGAGAAUUUCACUUAGAUGGAGUAAAAAUAGAUGGAAUUCUUGAAUUCGUUGAAUACGACAAUGGAAUUAGAAGCAAAAUAAUUAACUAAUGAAUUUAUUUAGAAUUCUUUAAACUCAAAAUUCAAUUAAGUUUAGACACAAUUCGAUAAACAAAUAUAAGAAUCUUAGUUGCUAAAUGAUUAAAAAUUAUAUUACUCUGAUUUAUUUCAUUAAACUUAGAUUGAUUUGGAUGAGGUUAAGAGAUAAAAUGAAGAAUUAAAAGUUGAAUUAGAGAAUAAUAAAGUAAAUUUAGAAGGGGUUUAGAAAUAUGGAUAAUUGAAAGAAGAGUUCCAGUAUUAAAAGGAGAAGUUGAGUAGAUUUCUUGAUAGUUUCGAUAUAAUCAAUUAAAAAUUAAUUAUGAAGGAGAAUGAAGUAUUAAAAUUAAGAUCUGAAUUGAAAUUAGAGUAAACUUAAAGAUCUAAGUCAUUGGAAGAGAUAGACAAACUCCGUACCACUAAAAUUGAACUGUCGACUUUAAAAUCAGAGUUGGAAUAAACAAUUUAAUAGUUAUAAUGUUGUAAUCAGAAUGAGACAGAUGAAAGCAAGUAGAAGAAGUUGUCUGAUAAUGUUCUCAUGUUGCAGAAGGCCAAUUAGAAGCUCAAUACUGAUUUAUCUACUUUAUAAAGACAGUACAAGCAACUACAUGAGGAAAAGAAUAUAAUGUAACAAAAAUAUGAAGAAAAACUUAUGUAUUAGGCAGAUAUAAAUAAAUUAAGAAAGGAUAUCAAUAUUACAAAUCAAUUGAAACAGCAAUUAGAUAAAAAGGAAAGAGAAUUUCAAUAACUUGUAAAUGAGACACAAAUCCUUGAGGAUUUUUUUAAGAAUAUAAAUGUGAAGAGAUUUUGUAAUUAUCAAAUUCAAAAUGAAGGGACAUUAAGUGAGAAAGUAAAAUCAUAUUUCGAAUUUUUGGAUCAAUGUGAGUAAGAAUUCGAGAACAAACAAUACCAAUUAAAAACCAAUUUACAAUAGUUGCGUAUCGAAUAAGCAAAUUGUAAUAUAGUUAAAGAAGAGAAUAGAAUGUUAAAAAUGCAAUUAAAAAUAUGA